GCAGCCUUAGCGCCGAAGCAGAAGUUCGCUUUUUCCAACUCCUCCACCGCCGCGGCAGUGGCCGCCGGGGGCACCGGUCUGAAGGUGGACCUUCUUUCGGUACAGGGCAGGGCCUGCAUUCAAAGCUCGGAGCUGCUGCCUGGGCUGCAAAAGGCCUUUGGUGCCGGGACUGCCGGUGAAGGAACUGCCGGGCACCAAAUCGAGGUCAUAGUGGCCCCCCCUGGGCAGGAAGCAGGCGAAGAGGAGCUCACAAUGAAGCUGAACUUCAACAUCAAGCCUGCCUCAAAGGAGAGGGAUGGGGCGGAGACUUCCCGCCUAGCCUCAAGCAUUAACACCGCACGGACGGACCUGGAGGAGCGAAGCUUCGCUCCCACAGAUCUUCUGAAGCAGUCCAACCUCUUGGACCGCAAUGCAGCCACGCUGGGCCCGGCAGUCGGCCCGAAAGCGCAACCGAGCCCUCAGAGAUCGUCGAGGCGGCAUCAUGCUGCUCUCCAGGCGAGAUCUUACCUGGAUGACCACAACAUCCUCAACUUCGUGGAGCGAGUGCUCCGAACUCUGGUGCAGGACCGACCUGCAGAUCCCUGGGGUGCCAUUGCUAACCUGCUACCGGAGGCCGCGACUGCAGGUGGAGCCCUGCCGGAGUCUAUCAAGCCCGAAGGGCCUUUAGACAAGCUCGAGGAGGAGAAGGAGGAGGUCAAGGAGCCCGAGUGGAACAUGAUGCCUUCCGUGGGCACGUGGUACAUGAUCCCGACACCCGUGGUCAAGCCUCAGGGCAGCCUCGUGCCUGAAGCAGAGUCUCAGGAAGAGCCACUGCUUUCCACUCGAGGGGACGAGGUGGAACACGAGAGAGCUGUCGCGGGGCAGUUUGUGGAAGACCUUGUUGCUGCCGCAAGCACAUCACCGGCCAAAGCGAUGUCACAAGGUACCUCGCCGAUGGUCAGUGCUGCUGGCACAGAGGCCCUGAGUUGA